AACAUGCCAUUCGCUUUCUUCACUGUCUGCUGUACCUGCAUGCUUACUUUCAUAGACUGAUGAACAAGAUGUACUGGAUGUUUAUACAAAGAUCUUGAAUUUGUCCUUCCUGUGCCAAGAGUUAAGCGUUCAGUAACUUAUUUACCUCAAAUUGUGUAAAUACAAAUCAGUUUGGGAAUCUAAUUUAAGACAAGGUUGAAAGUUCAUGUUUUUAUGAGCAAAGGCUCAGAGUGUAGCUGGAAACCAGUAAAUGCUUUUACUUCGUCCAACGACAAGUGUUCAGCACCAUGUCAUCCUGCUGCCAAGCUACAGACUGCUGGAAGAGAGGACAACCCAAUGAGUGGAUGUAUCCUACAUUGAUUUUGUGUGCCUUUGGAUUUUUCUCUGUGAUGAGGCCAAUAGAUUCUUUUUUUUUGGCUUAUCUAGUUGGACCUGACAAAAACAUAACUGUUCACCAGGCUAUGAAUGAAAUAUUUCCAAUAUGGACAUACUCUUGUUUGGUACUGUUAAUUCCCACCUUCUUGCUCACAGACUACUUGAGGCAUAAACCUGUCAUAGUUCUUCAUGGUUUUGCCUUAAUUAUUCAGUGCACAUUAUUAAUUUUAAGCCAAGGGGUUUUGGCCAUGAAAUGUCUUCUCUUUGACUACGGGUUGGUGGCUGCCACCAAUGUAGCUUACUUUUCGUACAUCUACAGUGCCAUUAGCUCUGAGCACUAUCAGAAGGUGACUGGUUACUGUCGGACUGUCAUAUUGGUUGGACACACUCUGGGCUCAACUGUGGGACAAGUUUUAAUCUCUGUGUGGAACGCCUCGUAUUUCUGUCUCAAUGCGAUUUCACUCGCUUCGGUGUCCGUGGCCUUCCUGACCGCCCUCUUCUUGCCAACGUCCAAGAGAAGUAAGAUUUUCCACAGGGAAGAUGUGGCUGAAGUCAAUAGGGUGUCACCGGCAAUUGAAGACGGCCGACAAAAGUGUGGAAAGACUGGACCCCAAGACAACCCGGGUGAUCAGACAGUUGAUGGACUGGCAAUGACAACAGAUCGUAACAACGCUUCAAAUGUCUUCCUCCAGCUGUGGUCUGAUUUCAAAGAAUGCUACUCGUCUCCACAGCUGCUCUGCUGGUGCCUUUGGUGGGCAUUGGCCACAGCUGGCUUUAACCAAGUUGCAAGUUACAUCCAGAUGCUCUGGGAACACAUUGAGCCAACAGGAAAUGUUACAGUGUACAAUGGCGGUGCAGAAACCAUCUCCAACCUCAUGGGUGCUACCUGUGCCUUUGCCGUUGGGCAUACAAAGCUGGACUGGGCCGUCUGGGGUGAACUGGCACUCGGCAUCUUUUCAGUGGUGAACAGCGGAGUUUCAUAUGCCAUGGCUUUAACCAAAAAUAUCUGGGUUUGUUACGUUUGCUACAGCAUAUUCAAGAGCUGUUACAUGCUGCUGAUUACCAUUACGAUGCAAGUAUGAAACAGUAACUUUACCGUUGCCUAGUAGCUAUUUUUAAUGAAAGUGCAGAACUAACCAAAAUGGUUAAAAUAUUUGUAAGAUAAGUCUAACGUAAUGACUUCCACUGAACUGCAAAAUUGUGAUGGAUACAAAGUGCUGGAGUAACUCAGCGGGAAAGGCAGAGGCAGCAUUUCUGGAGAGAAAGGAUGAGUGACGUUUCGGAUCGGAACCCCUUUUCAGUGUGAUUCUGGUUAUGAG